GCCUCACUCCGGUUGCAGUUGCUCUUGCGACGCGCUCAUAAAAAGUUGCCCUCCAGCAUCUAUCUGCUUGCAAGCUAGAUUCAAAGGUUGAGUUGUAUUUAUACGGCCUUUGUCUUCUAUGAACAAUGGCGCAACGUGAUGGCGGAGAAGGCCGUUCUUCUCAUGUUCGCUUUGCGGAGAGAGAAGAAGUCAUCGUGCAACGGCGACCAUACCGUCAGGACUCGAGAGGCCACGCAAGACGCGGGACACAUGAAAGCGCCGAUGGCCCUGUAAACGAGAGACAGCGCUACCGGCGCGACAGCGGUGACAGACCUAGCCCGCGCUCGCCAGUUCGUCUCGAGUCGCCGGUGACCAGAACCAGACGAACACGCGUCGUUGAGGAAGUACCCAUCCGAGACGCCAACGAGGAUGUUGAACCCACUACUGUCUAUGAAAUGGUGGAGGAGACGAGAAUCACCGAAUCUCCUCCGCCUAUCGACGAUGCGUGGGAUGAGAUACCACAUCGCAGACCGAGUCGUCCACCCUAUGACAAUGAUUGGGACCAGAGACCGAAUCCCAGAAUGGGUCGUCCAGUCUACGGGGAUAACGAUGCCGACUUAGACCGCUAUUCCUACGGUGAUGCAAUCAAGCCUAGAUCCAGGUCCCGAUCCAGGUCACCAACCUAUUCUCGAUUCGAAGACCCAAUGGCAGAAAGGUACGCCUCUGGACGCAACCGCUUUCCCUCAUACAUUGCCGAUCAAUACGGUGCACAACGGCCCUAUCGACGGACCAGUGCAUCUAGUGAUGACUGGGAUCCCUACGAUAAGUUCAGCUUGGACCUUAUGUCCCAGUCCAUCACUGAAUCAUCAAAGGAUGGUGAUUCUGACACUGAGUCACCGGAGACGGAUGAAAGGGUACCAGUGAAGGAUGAGAGAGGGAAGCCGAGGACUGCUCAUGCUACGGCUGUCAAGACCUCACAGUACACAGGGAAUGCCGAGCUUGGUGGCUUACACAGCGCGACACUGACAGCAGUGCAUGGCACCAACGACCGCAAACAGUCUUUGUUUAGGUGGCUACAUGUUCGCCAAGAGGUUAUGAACUUUGAGGAGCUAUGGAUGGAGAUAUCCUGCGUGUCUGGCCUCUCUGACCUGGAAAAGCGCGCGGUAACGAGACUUCGAGGAGACGUCAAGAGCUCUCUUAAAUCGCGACAUAACCCCAAAGGAGCGAAGGUCGGCUACGUCGAGCCUCGAUCUAUCGAGGUUCCUCUUAAAUCACUGACAAAUAAGAACGCGACGAGGGAAGCGGUCACAGGGUCAGCUAGAUGGAUCUGCAUACCAUACUUUUCUCUCGAUCAAUACUCGGGUUUGCUCUCGGCAUCCAACUUGUCCUUGUUUCCGGCUCAGACUUUACUUCAAGCUCAAUACUCUCGCAGCACUCUUCAGAGGGACAUGGAGCAAGCGGUCUGCCAAUUAGGGAAUGCUAAACGCGGAGAGUGCUUUCACAUAGCCCAGCUGUGGUGUGUCGUCAUUGACAACAGUCUACUGGUAACUUGUGGAACUAUGUCUCAGUCUGAUCUGCAAGGAGAUAUAUUAAAAGUCAACGCUGAGCCUUCUCGAGAUCUGACAACGGACAAUCAAGGCAAAAUCCUGGUUUCUUACGGUGACUCCGUCGCUUGGUCUUUGGCAGCUGACGAGUGCCAAACAUGGUUUGCUUUUACCUCGAAAUUCCAAGCCUUCUGGCCUAAGAAUAUUGAGUUCUGGCAUCAAGACCACAUCAUAACAGCUGCGAAGUGGCCCAGGAUCUUGCGACUAGUUUCACAUGCCCAGUCGAGUGUCAAAAUCACACUGAAAAUAGGAUGCCUCCCUGAUGUACCUCCGCGCGCGGUCCUAAAGCCAGAGACUGAGAGUGAAACAACCUCUGGGGAUGAACAGAGAGAGAGCGACACUGACGAUUUCAUUCACGUCAUGAUGUUACCCCAGACGAAUCGCAAAGGUGCCUCCGCUUUUGCCAAAAGCAGUACAGUCAAGACACAGCUUGAUUCUGCCCACAUGUUCUUGAUGCAGGACACGUCAUAUUCGAAUCGAAGCGCGUACAAAAACUGCAAACCGGGGACAAGAAAGGAGUGCCACGCAUAUCUUGAUUCGCUCGCAAGUAUUGUCGAAGCUGACGGUACCGAUAAUGUGCGGCGUGCGUAUGAGGAGAAAAUCGACAUCUUCAACACGACGGAGACUUUGUAUAGAUUCUUCCUCCCGCGGGACUUUGAGGAUCCAACAUCAGGCAAAUUCUGGGGAGCCAUCAGAAACAUGCUGGAGUUGAAACAAUUACAACCAAACUACACGCACGCGAUUACUGAUAAUACUGUGCCCCAAAUCAGAAGAUUCUUGAGGAACCUCACACCGAGCCUUAUUGCGUUCCAGAACAUCAUGUCUCAUGCAUCCGAAUCAGAGCGUGAUGGUGUGGAGGCACCGCGGGAGUUCGUGACUGCAUGGUUGUACGUGGUCAUGGGCAUGGUCUACGGUUCCCAGGACCACAGCCGAUGGAGCAGUCGGACAUCUCGGAUGAGAGAGCUGCUCGAGCAGGGAAUGAAGAAACUAAUGCAUUCGCUCCCCAACAAAAGCCUGCUAGAGAGGACCAGCAUGAUGCCCCUUGAGGUUCUUUCAUUGGUGACGUUUGGCCUACUUCAGGAUCAGGUUGGGAAGUCGGAUGAUAUCUGCGAGACCUACUCGCAGUACCUCAACUCACUGGAAAAUUCGAUCAUGUCGAAACAGUCAGACAGGUCCUACCAGCAUCGGAUUGAUCUUGUGCAGCAAGAAAUCUCGGCCGUUAAGCGCACGCUGAAGAGGCAGCGGAACAUCAUCUCCAACAUUCGAAACUCCCUCACAGCCCUCGACACUCACAAGAUAGUCUUACAGAAUAGAGAAGAGGCGGCCAUACGGAGGGAGAAGGAGAGGGACAGGUAUACAGAUGCAGCUCCUGGCCCUCCCCCUCCUCCCCGAUCACAAUACGCAUUGAGGCCUGGCUUAGAGGAAAUGGCGGUUAUCCGACCCGCCAACGAUUAUAUGGGUCUCGACGACGAGUUUAUUCAGGAAAUUUCAUCGGCAUCGAAGCUCUCUUCGACAGACGCGGGUGGCCUCCGCGGGUUGUUCUUCAUGGAAUGCUCACGGCUCAUCGAGCAGCGCGAGUUCGAGUUCUGGAGGUACACAGACUACGCCAACGACCUUGAGCGAGCCAUCAAUUUCAAGAUGAGCUUCGCCAAGGACCGACAAGAGAACGCCAUCUUCGCCUUCACGCUCGUCACUAUCGUGUUCCUGCCGAUUAGUACGGUCUCAAGCAUCUUCGGCAUGAACACAGCCGAUGUCCGCGACAUGGAGUCCUCGCAGUGGCUGUACUGGUCCGUCGCACUACCGCUGACGCUGGUUGUCAUCGCCGCGGGACUUUGGUGGAUGGGCGAACUGGGCAACAUUGCUCGGUGGUUUAUGCGCAAGCCACGAGAGUCAUCAUCGCGGGGCGUGUACGGAGGGCCCGUCAUGAUGCCCCAGCCGGUCGAUCAGUCCUAUCUUACACCGGCUAGUAUGCCUGGUCCUAUGAUGAUGAAUUAUGGUGCAGCCCAGUAUGUCCCUGGCACCAAUCCCGGCAUGCAACGGGUCAGGACCCAGGAGCACUAUGCACCGACAUCUGUUUGGCAGGGCCGGGCGCGUUCUGAGGGAUACUGAUAUAGUGUUGGGAGCUGACGGGGGGGAUUUUGAAAUCACUUGUUCGGAUAGAGAUCAGAUGAACUUGGACAAUAAUAAAUUUCAGUUUGCCUCAACUCC